CGCGCCGGAAAAGGAGUAGACGAGGUAUUAUCGUACGGACACAACACCCAUAGGCAUAUCAAAUUAAGCCUGGAUUUCUCCCUGCUCGACCAUGUCGGUAACUCGCCUCAGUCAAUCGAGCCAUGAACGAGUCGGCAACUCGGCAGAGAUUGAACUGCGAAGAAUUGCGAUCAAGAACAGUCAUGGGGAGAAACUGGUGGGAGUAUUUCAUGACACGGGUUCUACUGGGAUCGUUGUCAUCUGCCACGGCUUUCAGUCAUCAAAGGAUCGGAUUCCUAUGGUGACCCUUGCCCGUGUCUUUGCAAGAAAAAAGAUCAGUUCUUUUCGGUUUGAUUUUGCUGGAAACGGGGAAAGUGAAGGUUCAUUUCAGUAUGGCAAUUAUUGGCGGGAAGCUGAAGAUCUACGCUCUGUUUUGCAAUACCUCCGCAAGGAAAACCAUGAGAUUUCUGCGAUAAUCGGGCAUAGCAAAGGUGGAAAUGUGGUCCUUCUGUAUGCAGCAAAGUAUAAUGACGUAGAUACAGUAGUGAAUAUAUCGGGUCGGUUUUUUCUCGACCGGGGAAUGGAAGGUCGGCUUGGUAAGGAGUACUUGCAGAGAAUCAAAGAGAAGGGUUUCAUCGAUGUCAGGAACAGAAGGGGUAAAUUCGAGUACAGGGUAACUGAAGAGAGCCUAAAAGACCGACUCACAACAGAUACUUCUGCAGCUUGUUUCUCCAUUAGCAAGAACUGCAGGGUGUUGACAGUUCAUGGAUCGGCUGAUAGAAUCGUACCUGCAACUGAUGCAUCGGAGUUCGUCAAAUCCGUUAAGAAUCAUCAACUGCAACUCGUAGAAGGUGCUGAUCAUGAAUUCACCUCUCACCAGUGUGAACUUGCUUCCAUUGUUUUAUCAUUUGUGAAACCCGGACCAUAUGAUUCGGGUACAAGUAAACCGGGUGAGAGGAGAGGAUCGGUUCAUUCGGUUACUUCACGGAUGUAAAUGUAAUGGCAAUGUAUACCGGAGUAGAACCGUUCAUUGGUAUCAACAUUAUCAGGCA